AUGGAGGCCAUCUCGGGGGCGGCAGCAGUGCUCCAGCUGGUUCAACUCCUCGGGAACACAGUCAUGCAGACGACCCAAGCCUACACGGAAAUUCGGGGCAUCGAAGAAACAUUGCGGGAUUUUGAUGGCCAACUCCACGCCACAAGCUGUUUGAUUUCGAUGUUCAAGGAGGCUAUUCAGGGUCACACCUCAAGCGACAUGGUACAGUCUUGGUGGGAGCAACCUGACGUCGAGAGACUUCUCGGGGGAUUUCAACGAACCUAUCACAGGCUCAAUGCGAUCUUCACUGAAAUUAGUCGAGAAAGGUCCUCAGCAGUAGCUGUGAGGACUUACAUCAAGAUGAAACGUUACGAUAGCGACAUACAUCACUUUCGUUUAUGCAUCAACACCUACACGUCGGCUCUUCAAGUGCCUUUCCUCAUCCGGAAAAUGAGCUCAACGUUUGCCAGCACUCACGAUGCGCAUGAGAAUGAAGUCGUGGGCCUCCUCGAAAAACUCGAUGGCCGUUUGGCUGACAUCGAGGAUUCCAUGGCCCGAGCACAACAGAAUCAUCUCGCAAGAUCGCUCGACGUGACUACAGAGGUCGCCGCGGGUCACUCCACCUUAGAGGGUAACGAAGAUACAAUCCGAGGACUUAAAGAGAAAAUUCCGAACCUUGCCACGUCCCAAAAGAAGGAAGGCGAAGUAGCGUCCAUGGCCCUACAAGAGAAGCUCAUGGCUGAGAUGGAUCUGAGGGUUGAGAUCGCAGAAGAGACCAAUUCAAUGCUCGAUACAACGAAACGUCUCGCCGCUCAUGCCAAGAGUUACGCAUCAAGUGUGGACUGCGCAUCAAUGAAAUCCGGCACAACCUAUUUUCGGUAUCGCAACGAAAAGAAGAGGCCAGCGAAAAAUGACGCCGUCUCAGACUUGGUGUCCAUACCCGAGUUUGAUCAUCUAGUCGACAUCGGCAUUCCCAUGAAAGGAAAGCAGCGGGAGACCAUAGCAUCGUGGGCCAAUGAUGUCGAGCUCGAUACUGCCUCGAGCCUUUCUCUGCCAUCAACAGUCAGGUCUCCUCUGGGUCAAUCCCUCACAACCGCCUCCAGGUCAACCUCUGGGUUGUCUAGUGUUGCUACAAGCAGUGGACUCAGCCUUGUAGACGAGAUGCAUCAGAGGCGCUUGAGGAAAGCCGAAAGCCUGAUGAAAACGAAGCUUUUUGAACCGGCCAUCCCUCACUUAAUCCGGCUCCUGAGCGAAAGCAAUGAUCCGGACGAUGCGCGACAGAGGGAUAUUCUCGCUAAGUGGUUGGCAAAAGCAGUGGUUGAGACUCAGCCAGUGGGCCAAAUAGCAGAUUCAGUCUGUCGGCAGUUUCCCGAUAUCAGGGCUAAACUCGACGAGGCCCGGUUGGAGAUGGCGGAAAAAUUCCUUGAGGAGAAAUCCUUUGCCAACAUUGUUCAGAUCCUCGCGCCAUAUGAUCAGACCUCACUGGACCCCGACCAGCCAGAUUCAACGGGGAAUGUUACAACAAUUGUAAACCUCCGAAUUGUUCUAUGCACCGCUAUGAUGCAGUGUGAACAAUCGGCAAAUGUCAUCCCCAUCCUGGCAUGGGUUCUCAAGCAACAUCCCCUUCAGGGCGCUCAAGAAGGCGCGGCUCACACGCUCCUUGCUGAGGCUCAUUCCAACGAUCCUCCAGACUGGGAAGUAGCCAAAGCCCACGGAAUUCGAGGUGUUGAAGCAAACAUGGAUGUAUUUGGCCGUGAUCAUGCUUCCACCUUGAGCUCCAUGGCCCUAAUGGCCAAGAUCUGCAGCCAGAGUAGGGAUCCAGACGAGGAGUUGUGGAAAGAAAUGAUACCCACUAGUCAACCAGAUCUUUCUGUUCCAGUUCCAGCCGAAACCCGGGACAGGCUCCAGUCCUGCUUAGACGAGAUGGAGAAGCUAGGUAUCGAUGAAGCGGCAGAUCUGGCUCUCCAUUACUUGAAAAGUAAUUUCGUCGUUGCGGGAUCCAUAACUCAUUCAUGCCCACGUGAAGUAUGCUGGGACUGUAUCAAAGUACACAUGUUAAGAGAGGGAAACCCGCUAUUAGCGUUCGUGGACGGGGUGAGGUGUAGUAACCACACAAUAGGCGAUCCGACGAUCACAGCACCCAAUACAAAAACGAGAGCACCCAAUCCAUGGAGAAGAGCACCCAAUCUAAUAACGAGAGCACCUAAUCCAACAACGAGAGCACCCAAUCCAACAACAAGAGCACCCAAUCCAAUAACGAGAGCACCUAAUCCAACAACGAGAGCACCCAAUCUAAUAACGAGAGCACCCAAUCCAAUAACAAGAGCACCCAAUCCAACAACGAGAGCACCCAAUCCAGUGGGCGUGGCCUUCCCAAGACCCCAAUCAACUCAAGCCCAAGUCCUCGGUCUUUCGCCUUUGCAUUUCCUCGCUAUUGCUCGUCCAAUCUCAGCAAUGUGGCCAGGACGGAAGACUCAAAGCUGCGUCGAGGAAAUAGCAAUUCUUUUGAAGCUUGCCAAGCCUGAUACACUUGGUGAAGUUGUCAACAGAUCCAUCUCGGACACUUGGAAAAUUCCAAUGAAUGCGUUGUGGUGGGCCGUGGUUUAUGGCCGGAAAGAAGUGGUUGAUUUCUUUGUAUCCCUCGAGGUAACGAAAAAGGCUAAGGGUGCCAAGAUACUUUCCAUGCCUUGGAAACUUCCCGACGACGAUUUCUCCAGAUACGAAGAGUCGAUCAUGACCGCUUUCAAUACUCUCUCCAUGGCGGAGGCUUAUCAAGUUGUCAUCGCACCAUCUGGUACUCGACUGCCGUGGUGCUUUGAACAAUUGCCAAUGCUCCCCAAGUUUGUCAAGCAAUGUGGAAAAGAUGUCAGGGAUCUACAAUUCCCUUCAAGUACAAUCAAGGGCCAAUUCCAGCCAUUGAUCAACAUUGCUGUGAACUUGUCAAUGACUAGUUAUAUAGACGACGACGGAGGUUCUUCCGGCAGUGUGUCCUUGCACAUCGGCCCCGCUACUUUACCAAAUCUGAAGGUGUUGAAAGCGUUGCUUGAGCUCAGAGCCGACCCGAAUGUACGAGAUACGCAAAAUCGAACCGCAAUGGAUAUCAUCGUCGCGUGCAUUGCCAAAAGUAUGAGUCUUUGGAGCGAGCAUCGAGCUAGCUACCCACACUUCAACUAUGAUUUGUCAAUGUUGCAGAAACUCUUUGAGAAUGGCGGGAAUCUCAACAACAUCAACCGGACAAAACUUGAAGAUGGUCUCAGAACAAAAGCAGAGUAUGACAUGCUGGAAGAGCAGAUAACACGGAACGAAUCGGAUUGGAAGAACAAACGCGACGAGUUACUACGCGCCAGUCGUGACUUCCUCUGGGCCUUGUUUCAUCCUCUUUUUAAGCGCGAUGUUUCAGUACUCGAGUCAAGGAUACAGAAUAUUCCGAGCGAGAGAAAGAGUAAUAGGGAGAAAUUUGAGCUAAGCGAGAGAUUGAAAGGGUUGCUUCAAAUUGUGGAAAGUCCCUACAGGUAAAUCGAAAGGUAAAUAGAUAGCCUAGUAAUAUCUAUCUACUUAUAGUAUAUGUUGGAAGAUGAUCUUGCAAUACGACACCUCUGAUAUGGUGUUUUACGACCAGGUUAUCGUCUGUGUUGAUACAAAUUGUGAUUGGGUGUUUGACGUCAACGGGCCACGAUACUCAGCCACAUUGAGACAAGAGAGUUCCAACACGUGAUGAUAUUCUGCCUUUGCAGCAGACUUCUCUCGCUGGCGAAGUCAGCUCCUGAAGAGAGUGAAAUUACACCAGUCGCCCUCCGGCCGCUGACUACAUGAAGGCUAUACACAUACUAAGCUCCGUCUCCGACAU